AUGGCUUCCCACUACCCGACAGGACAGCCGGUGCAGCACCCCGCGCAGCUGCAGCAGCAGGCGCAGCUCGCCGCGGCGCAGCAGCAGCAGGCCGCGACGCCCUCGGUGCCCAUCUCCAUCACCAUCUGCGGCGACGGCGGUUGCGGCAAGUCGUCCAUCACGCUGCGCCUCGUGCGCUCGCAGUGGACGUCCGAGUACGACCCGACCAUCGAGGACAACUACUCGGUCACGCGCCGCGUCGACGGCACCACCUACCACCUGUCCCUGACGGACACGGCCGGCCAGGAGGAGUACCGCGGCAUGUGGGCGAGCUCCAACCUCGGCGCCGACGCCUUCCUGCUCGUCUACGACAUUACCUCGCGCGACUCCCUCGACGCGCUGCAGUACUUUGACGACUUGAUCGACAUGGAGGCCGAGACGAGGCUGGACAAUGCGGAGCGCGCGCGCAAAGCCGGUGUUCAACCUGGCGGAGGGGCAGCAGGAGGAGGAGGAUAUACAGCGCCGGGCUCAAAGGUGGUGCCCCCGGUCAAGAUUGUCGCCGGCAACAAGUGCGACCUGCAGCAGAGCAGGCAGGUGCCGGCCGCCGUCGGGCUGGACUGGGCGCGCAAGCGCGGCUGCGGCUUCAUGGAGACGAGCGCGCGCCUCGAGGUGAACAUUGAGGAGACGUUUGCGCUGCUGGUGCGCAGGGUCAUGGAGCGGCGGCAGCUCGCGCAGAUGGGCAUCCUGGACAACACCGAGAUGAAUGCGCGCGGCAUGACCAAGCCCCUGACGCCGCUGCCGCACGAGCACGGCACCAUGGGCGGCGCGGCUGGGGAGAAGCGCGGUGGGAUGGGAGGGCCCAAGAUGACGGGCGAGCGGUUCGGACGCGGGCAGGGCGGGUUCUGGAAGAGCCUGCGCUGCUGGUAG